CCGUUCUGGUGACGUGAGAAAUAUUCUGAAGGACACCUGGCAGCACACAGUGACCUAUGAACGGGGGAGUCAGCCAUGACUCCGGUUGGCAAUGGAUGGUUCUGUAGGAGUCUCAGCGUUCUGCUGUUCGUCUGUUUGGUGAGAGUGGCGUCCGAAGAUUUAGAUGAGGAAGACAAUCCAGAAAGCCUGCGGCGAAUCAGGGCGAGUAUAUUUUUCCGACCAGCCGGAGAGACAAACGAGACAGAGCGGACCGACAGCGAGGAUAGACUUAAGCAGGCUGCUGACAUCCGCGGAAGGGCGAGCGAGAGGAAGGUGCUUGGGGUGUUCGCCCGGGAGUACAGGUGCGGGGAGGGGGAGACCGUCCCCCAACUCUGGAUCUGUGACGGGACGGAGGACUGCCGCGAUGGACGGGACGAGGACGAAUGUGUCGACCGUUGUGGCUCCUUGGGAUACCCAGACAUUGGCUGUGAAUGCGACAUCGGCAACUGCGCCGCCCAGCGGCCUUCCCCUCUCUGCAGGUGCCCGGCUGGUCAGUGUAGGGCGAGGAUACCGAGCAAGUGCGAUGAUGCUCCGAUCUAUCCAGCACCACCUUUCAACCCCUUCCUGUUGGCAUCCAGACAUCGCGCACCAACAGUCGAGUGCAAUACCCCUAUGGACCUGGCCUUUGUGAUAGACGGCUCGGCCAGUGUGGGGCCGCUGCAGUUCGAGAAGUCCAAGAAGUUCGUGCGGGACAUGGUGGACGGGUUCGACAUCGGUUCUGCGCAGACUCGGGUGGGCGUGGUGCAGUUCGCCUGGAUGGUGCAGGCCGAGUUUAACCUGGGGGACUACCUGGACGGCACAGACCUCAGGAACGCCAUAGCUAGAAUCCGCUACAUGGACGGCCCUGGGACAGAGAUCGGCAAAGCCCUGGUGUUCACGAAGAGACGGCUGUUCUCGGAGCUGUACGGGGCCCGUCCGGAAACACAGGAUGUUCCCCGGAUAGUCAUCCUCAUUACGGACGGCAGGAGCUCACCAGAGUCACAGAUCUCCGUGUGGUCAGCCGCUCAUGAGCUCCACACGGCCGGGGUGGUGGUGUACGCGGUGGGGGUGGGGGAAGCCGUGGACGAGGCUGAGCUGGAGACCGCCGCCAGCGACAGCUCCAAGGUGUACCACGUCACGGACUUCGACUCGCUCAUGAUGCUAUCACUGCAAGACUCCAUACAGCAGAGCGUUUGUCUCGGCGGCGCUAACGUGACGGUGACGUGCACGUCCUACCACAUGCAGGUGGACUUGUCCCGCGUGCAGCUGCCUCAGCUGGAGGCGAGGCGCAUGCGCCUGAUAGACCCAUCCUGCAGGGCGACCAGUAACACCACUCACGUGACCCUGUGGACGUACCUGGAUGGUUGCGGCACCAGUAGAACAGAAACGGAUGACUCUAUCGUGUACAUCAACACAAUUGUUGAGGACCUGGACCUUGUGCAGGCACCCACGGGUGGGAAUCCCGCUCAGCAGUGCGGACUGCAGGUCAAGUUCACCUGCCGCAUGGCCCGGACGGGAACUGUCGCCACGACUGGAGCCUUCAACGCCAUCACCGAGCCAGAAAGAUUCUACAGCACUGGACAUGGGCAUUUCCACUUGACGAUGACGUUCUACGCAGACUUGGACUACCAGGUUCCGGCGCCCGAGCCGCUGAGUGUGCGGGUGUGUGACAUGGUGUACGUACAGAUCCAGCUGUACUCUGCCGACCCUGACCUGCGGGUGUUCGCUCUGGACUGCUGGGCAACACCGACAGCUGCGGACACCGCCGGGCCACUGCUGUAUGACAUCAUCAAGAAUGGCUGUGGCGUGGAUCCUACAUUCCAGCCUGUCACCUCUGACGUCCCGUCAGCCCAACGGUUCGGGUUCCAGGCCUUCAAGUUUGCCGGUGUGUCGUCAGGGUCGGUGGUGCUACGCUGUCAGGUGCUGGUGUGCGUGGCGUCAGACAAGGACUCCAGAUGUGCACAGGGAUGUGACCAUGUCAGUCGCAGAGAAGCAAGGAGUGAUGUCAGCUCUCAGGGCAUCCCAUUGGUCCAUGGACCCAUUGAGUUAAUCAAAGACGACUGAAGACUGCAACAAAGCUGCUAUAACUUCUAACAAUGUCUUCAACAUACAUCUAUUGAGGAGCAUCUAUUGCUAUCAAUAAUUCAUAAAAGUAUAGAAAUAAAAUAAUAUGAGAUGAAA